AAAUGUAGAAUAAAAUGUUUAUUUAAAAGUAUUGUCUAUCAAAAUCUUAAUAUAAUAUUUAAAUAUUUACUUUGAUCUAUUUCAUGAUAUGUUGAAAAAAAUGUCGGAAAUAGACGUAAAACAAGGUUUGAAAAUUGUUUUAUCUAAAAUAGAGGAAGCUUGUUCAAAAAGAACCCUUGAAUUACAAGCAUUAGAACCAACAUUAGUGGCUGUAAGUAAAACAAAACCUGUUAAUUUAAUUGUAGCAGCUUACGAAGAUGGUCAGAGGCAUUUUGGUGAAAAUUACGUACAAGAAUUAGAAGAAAAAGCAAAUAAUCCUAUUAUUUUAGAAAAAUGUAAAGAUAUAAAAUGGCAUUUUAUCGGUCAUCUUCAAUCGAACAAAGUUAAUAAAGUUAUAUCUCUACCAAAUAUUCAUCUUAUAGAAACAGUUGAUUCUCAGAAAUUGGCGUCAUUACUAGAUAAAAAUUGGCCCAAAUUUGGGCCGCCCGAAUCUAAAUUGAAAAUUAUGAUUCAGGUGAAUACUAGUGGAGAAGAAGAAAAAAAUGGAAUUGCACCUACUGAAGUAUGUAAUGUUGUACAGUAUGUUUUAAAAGAAUGUAAAAAUCUCGAUUUGGACGGAUUGAUGACUAUAGGGAAAUUUGGUUAUGAUCCUGCUGAUGGUCCAAAUCCAGAUUUUGUAUGUUUGAAAAAAUGCCGCGACGAUAUUUGUCAAGCUUUGGGAAUUGAUUGGAAAGACAUAGGAUUAUCUAUGGGAAUGUCAGACGAUUUUGAACAUGCAAUUGAACUAGGAAGUACGAAUGUAAGGGUUGGAUCCUCAAUAUUUGGAUAUAGACCGAAGAAAAAAUAAUCAGCAUAAUUACCUGUUGUUAGAAAUAAAAAUUGUUGGCCCCUAAA